AUGCGUCUUCUGAAUGCCCACACCCUCCUCCUAGAAACCUUCAACGGGCCAGAGGAAAGCAUCCCUCCCUACGCCAUCUUGUCGCAUACCUGGGACAGCAUCGAGAUUACAUACGACGAUUUAUGCACUACGUCAACAGAGCUUCUACAAGGCCUGCCAGAAUUCCAAAAAGUCACAGAGAGCUGCCACCAAGCGGCGCUCGACGGCUUUGCUUACGUAUGGAUCGACGCAUGCUGCAUCGACAAGAGCAGUAGUGCCGAGCUCUCCGAGGCCAUCAACUCCAUGUUCAAGUGGUAUCAACAAUCCUCAACGUGCUAUGUCUACCUGAAGGACUUUCAGGUGCCGGGCGGGCGAGCCCUGCCAAUCCAACGACACACUCAAGUCACAAUGCUGGUUGGGAACAACGACUUCUGCUCGUCUCGCUGGUUUGAUCGCGGCUGGACGCUCCAGGAACUCAUUGCGCCGAGAAGGGUUGUCUUUUUCGACAAGAACUGGGUUGGAUUCGGGUCCAGAGACGAGGCUCUCUCCAGCGCCAUAUGCGACCGCACCAGAAUACUCCCACAGGUCUUCACUAGCCGGCACUGCAUGUGCUCGUCUGUUUCGAGUGCCGAUGCAUUGUCCCCCAUUCGCAACGGCAAAUGCAAAGGAUGCAACGCCAAGGACAACCUACCAGAUAUUCUCGGCUCUCUAAACGCAGCCAUCAUCAUGAACUGGGCGGCACGCCGCUCCACCACCCGAGUCGAGGACAUGUCCUAUUCUCUCAUCGGCUUGUUCAACGUAAAUCUUCCGCUGCUGUACGGCGAAGGGGGCAAGGCAUUCAUGAGGUUGCAGUCGGCCAUCCUGGCACGGAACAACGACCAUUCCCUUCUUCUGUGGAGGGAAAAAACAGAAAGGGGCGAACAAUCGCUUAGACGUCCGGGUUGUCUGUGCAGCUCUCCCAAGGGUUUCGAGGCGGUGCCGCCCAUCGUGGCUCAGAGGGAGUAUUAUGAUUUCGACAAUGAAAUGGUUCCCCGGCUGGCUGUCGGCCUUGUUGAAAGCAUGGAGCCAGUAGAAUUGACAGAGACGUUGCUCAAGUUGACACUCUGGUUGUGCCCUUGCAAAGUCGGAUAUCCGUUUGGCGACGGCUCGGAUGAAGAGCCUGGUACGGAAGAAGGCUGGGCCCUGGGUAUAUUGAAUUGUCACAGCGCUUCGGACUAUGUUGCCCGCCCGGCCAUUCUCAUGUCACACAUGGGUGCAGACCUAUACCGACGAAUUUCUCACGAUUCAGUCUUUGUCGUGAACCCACGGAGGAUGCAGGAGAGCCCAGCUGCCAUAACUCUCUCGGUGUAUCAUGGUAACCCAAAUAUCCAAGAUCCUGGGUCGAACUGGACCGCCAUUCGGCAACGGGCCGAGCCUGCUGCGCUCAGCGCCUCGAGGAUUCGACCAGACGAUGUCGUCAAUUGA